AUGAACAAGAAAGAGACUUGCAAAGGAGACUGGAGAUGGAAAGACUUGAAAAUGCAUAAUCCCAACAUAAUCCAAGGAGCCAUGGUUUCUGCAACAGACAAGGAUGACGGGUUCCAAGAUGUCCGGACAAGCUCCAACUACACCGAGCCCACUCUAGUUGGAAAUGUUUGUCUGGUCGCGGAUCUUGUUGCCCUGGGAGAAGGAGGAUCUUUGGACCAUGAGCGGAUCCACAUGCAUCAAGGAGGAGUUGGUGCAUUGCCAAAGGACAACAAUGUUACAUGGAGAGCUUUAUGUAGAGGAGAUGGAGAGGUGUACUUGAGGUUUACACGCAAACCAAGACCUGAAUCAAUAUGGAAUCACGCCGCUGGAUCCAUCCUAGUUUCAGAAGCUGGAGGCAAAGUGACUAGCGCAGAGGGGAAUCCAUUGGACUUUUCUAAAGGGAAGUAUCUUGAUUACAAGAGAGGUAUCGUUGUUACAACUUACAACACAUAA